GAGAGAGAGAGAGAGCGAGAUCCCCGCAGUAGCCCGGCUCGGAUAUUACAGCUUUAUUCCUCUCCCCACGGUAAGUGGACGCACAGCCUGGAUGUCACGCAAAAACUAGUUCCACUGAUUUACUGACUGAUUAGCUGGUUAGGGCAGGUGGGGGUGUUCAGUGCGCUCCGGACGCGCGACAUGAAGGAGGAGAGCAGGUGAAGCUCACUGACAGACUCUCCAAGAGUUGUCGGGAUGUUAACGGCGUUAGGAUGUGAGCUGAACUUGUGAUAGAAUGGCCUCUAAUCUCGUAUGGCUCUCUGAGGGAUGGCAGCUUUUCACCACCACAACCAUCAUCCCCACCACCAUGCGAGCGCGGACCUGCGGCGCCUCUUCCACCGGCUCACCAUCGCAUCCUCUCUGAGCAUCCUGUGCUUCUCCUUGGUGUAUCUGCUCACUGGAUGCUGCGAGUCGGAACUGACAGAAAACUCUGAAAUCAAGUCACCCACGCGCGAAUUCCUUGCCUCGGGGUCAGGAUGGCUGUACGAGAGGAACGGAACCACCGCUGUCAAAGACGGUGCCACCGCGGCUGGAGAAGUGGCGUUCAGCAGUGGUCCCGGGCUGGAGGCGAACAGCUCGGGGAAGGAGUGGACAGCCACCCGGAGGUUACCCCAGGCUCUCAUCAUAGGGGUUAAAAAGGGAGGCACCAGGGCUCUGCUGGAGUUUCUGCGGCUCCAUCCGGAUAUCCGCGCCCUGGGGUCCGAACCGCACUUCUUCGACCGGCAUUACGCACGGGGAUUGGACUGGUACAGAAGUAUGAUGCCCAAAGCUCUGGAUGGCCAGAUUGUUAUGGAGAAGACACCCCGCUACUUUGUUACUGUGGAAACACCAGCACGAGUCCACGCCAUGUCGCAGGAUGUGAAGCUGAUUGUGGUUGUCCGUGACCCUGUGACCCGAGCCAUAUCUGAUUACACACAGAUUAUCUCCAAGACUCCUGACAUCCCUCCCUUUGAGAGCCUGGCCUUCAAGAACCGCACUACAGGUCAGAUCGACUCUCUGUGGAGCCCGCUGUGGAUCGGCCUGUACGCCCAACACAUGGAGCGCUGGCUAGCCUGGUUCCCCAGGACUCAGAUCCAUCUGGUCAGUGGAGAGAGGCUCAUCUCAGACCCAGCCGGAGAACUGGGCAAAGUCCAGGACUUUCUGGGUCUCCAGAGAAUUGUCACAGACAAGCACUUCUACUUCAACAAAACGAAAGGCUUCCCCUGCCUGAAGAAGCCGGAGGGAAGCAGUAAGCCUCACUGCCUGGGGAAGACAAAAGGGAGGACGCACGCCUCCAUAGACCCAGAGGUGAUGCAGAGACUGAGGGAUUUCUACAAGCCACAUAACCAGCGCUUCUAUCAAAUGGCAGGGCAGGACUUUGGAUGGCAGUGACUCUUCGAUUGUGUGGAACUAAAGGCUUGUGUUGGCACUGCUUUUUUUUUAGACGCCUAUGCAAAUCUGCCAUCUGAUUGAGACAGAUGCAACGCCUCAGUGCAGAAAAGAGAGCCAAUUAUCUGCUACUGACCAGCAGAGCAGCAUCUCAGAGACUUGAUGAAACCCCAGUGUCAAUACAUUCAACUCUACCCAUCAAUCACCCUGUUCAAGUGUUUGAACGUCAGCCAUGUUAUUUUAUAUACCAUAGAUGUUCAGUCCUGGUGGUUUAAUAAAGCAUUCCUGUGCAAAGGUGGUCAUGAGACUGUGGUUGCUACAGGUUGCAGCUGUGUAAAUGUUGAACAGUGAAAACACAAUGUAGCUUUUAGUGUUGCGGGUCUGCAGUUCAAUCCUGAUGCUUAGUAGGCUGUAGAGGCACAAGGAACUCAAGCCGAUGCAUUUUCACAAUUCAGAAAUUCCAUAACUUUCUUUUUGUACCUAUUUGGUCAGUAGUCUCACUGGUUAAGGAUUUAAAGGCAAUCAGUGCAUACAUGUUGUGUACCAACUUCCAAGCAUUGUUUCUGAAAAAAGAGGGGGAUGAAUGUUUUAUGUGGCAGAGGAACAGAAGGGUGAGCGAGAGAAUCUUGAGCUCGGAUAUGACUGAGUGGUUUUGUAUUCUUGAAUAAUAAAUGUGGAUAAAUGGAUGUAGAGGAGCUCAUGUGGAUCACUUGCCUUUUGGCACAUUUAUGUGUUGGGCUUAGGUUAGCAUCCCACUGCAAAACCAGCCUACUGUGCUGUACCUUGUGGG